AGCACAAGCUCACGCACACACACACCACAAGACCAGAGCAAAGCCAAAGCUAAGGCAAAGGCACUGUAGUGCAGCACCCACACCUGGGGUUUCACGGUUUCCUCCUCCGUCCUCCUCGCCCUCAUCAUCAUCGCUCUUCCUUCCUCUCCUUCCUUCAAUUCCUUCGCCUUCACGCUUAAUUCCAUCGCGGCUUCAUCGGAGGCUGCUUGUUGAUCUCCCACACUACCUACUUAGGGCCCCAGCUCCACUUUGAGUGCCUCCAGGCAGAAAGAUAUCUAUCUAGAUACAGGGCAGGGCAGGGCAGGUCGUGAUUCGUUGUUAUUUUUCUGGCUGGUUGAGGAGCUCGUGAGGAAACAAGCACAGGAGGGAACUUCCACCUUCGGAGACCACUGAGGAGAACGUAUAUAGUCGCGAACUGUUGAAAGGAACAGUUUUUGAGGAUAAAAGUUAAGAUCACAGUUGUCUUCUGCUGGUGAUGGUGUGAAGCGAGGGGAGGAGUUUUGAGCGUUUAUUUUGUCACAACUGGAAAAUAAUACCAAUUUGUUGUAAGUAUUUUGGAAGAGACUAAAAAUAAUUGGACUGAAAGUCUUUUUUCGGGUCGGAAGGACAAUUCGGUUGUAAAUUUCUACUAGCGGAAUCCGUAUAGAGGCAAGGGCGGGUGGGAUUGCCAUAUCGUUGUCGUUCGUUGGGUAGGUGUUUUGGUUCGAAUCGGAGGUAAGCUUUGGGGAGGAAAAAAAAAAAAAAAAAAAAAAAAAUUCAAUAUGGACGGGGAGUUUUGGACUGCCCGCAUGUCAACUUCAAAGCGUCAUCACACACUUCAGCCCUCUCAAUCUCUUAUUGACCGUCACCUUAACCUAGAUGAUGUGGAUGGUGAUGAGGACCUGCGAGCUGAAUUUUCAUGCCCUUUCUGUUAUGAAGAAUUUGACACUACUGCCCUCUGUCCACAUCUCGAGGAGGAACAUUGUUUUGAAUCUAGGCCUGCUAUGUGCCCAGUGUGCGCUGUUAAGGUACCUAAGGACAUGGUUGGCCACAUUUCGUUGCAGCAUGGCCACCUUUUUAAGAUGCAGCGCCGAAGGAGGUUCAGGAGAGCUGGAGUUCCAUCCAAUGCUACUCUCUCACUUCUUGGAAAGGAGCUCCGCGAGGCGCACUUGCAGGCUCUUCUAGGUGGAACAUCUCGGUCAUCGGGCUUGUCAAGCGCUACCGAUCCACUCCUCUCAUCUAUGGUGUACAACGUCCCCAUAUCUGAGACAGAAGAUCCUCCCAAACCCACUGUUGUAGUCGAGGAGCAACCAGCGAAGUUGUCUUCUCUGAGCCAGCAGUCAAAGGCGAGUGCGGAGAGUUCACUUACUGCGGAAGAAUUGGAGGAGAAACGAAAGCAUGCCAACAUGCGCGCCAAGUUUGUACAACAGCUUGUGCUGUCAACACUUUUGGGUGACGAUUGAGAAUUUGACCAUCGUACAUUUUAAUCGCUGCCACAGGAUGAUUUCAGCAAAACUUUAGAUGAAGGGCUGCAUUGUACAGCUUUGCCACCUUGUCUGGAGACCAUUUCUCGGGUGCUGUAAAGCAUCCUGUAUGAGCAUCCUUUGCCAAGAGACCCUAAUGCAUCUCCUCGGGGCUUGUAUAGGUUAGCAGAAUGCUUUAAAUUGCCACGAGGUCACGAUCUGGCAUGGCAGCUCAAUGAUGCAUAUCAUUAGAGACCUGUAAGCAGAAAAUUCUUGCGAUGCUCUUCUAGGGUCCAAAUAAUGGGGCCUGGAUUGUAGUAUUGUAGUGAAUAUUAUGUCCGUCUUGGUGCCUACUUUGAGGCACUUCCAAGUGUAACGGUCUAAUAUCUCUGAACUGCACCACAUGCUGUAUGGCUUUAUUCCUUUAAUAUGCGGGUUGGUUACCUUGCGAA